AUGCCUACAUCGAUUGAGAAAGACUUCGGCCUGGAGCUUAAGCAGCAAGGCAUCAUGUCCGACUUUGCAACCGUUACCGCCUCCAAGCCCAGUCGACCGGUUGGCAAAGCUGAGCAACACCUUGCGGAGGCCACUGCGGCCAAUGCAGAAAGUCUUACUUCCCUGAAUGCCUUGGGCAGUCGAGCUGCUGCAGCCGCUAAGUGUGGUGACUUUAACACGAUUAACAACAUCCGAGAUCAGUCGAUGUCUGUCAUGGCGUACGUGGUGCAAGGACCGAUCAACAACGCGUACAUUGACGUUCAAGACUUGAAGAUGGAGGAGCUUCAUCAAGAUCUGGACGAAGCCAAUCGAGUGCUCGAGGAGCGUAAAGCCACAGCUCAGCACCAAGUAGCUCUGGCAGAGAAAGCAGUUGAAGACAGAUACCGCAAGCAGCUGAAAGAAGCCAUCGAGACUGCGGACGCCGAAGCGAAGCGUGCGAACACCGAGAUCUCCAACAAGAAUGACCUGCUCCAGCACCAAGAUAAGGAGCUCACUGAGCUGCGACGACAGAAGAAACAGCUCGUUGUCAGUCAUCAGUCUUCUUACGAGCAACUUCGCCUCGAUGCACAGCGCCAGAUCGACCAGCUGUCGAAAGCUAUCGAAGCGCUUCGCGAAGACGUAAAGCGUGCCGUGGAAGCGACAAAGUCGGAGCAACGCAAACACAGCACAGGCCUGCGCCAUUGUGCCGAGCAGAAGAUGAAGGCACUCGCAGAACUGAAGGCAGAGCAUCAAGAGGAGCAAGCAGUCGAUAAGCACGAACUUGAGCGUCUCCAAAAAGCCUGGGCAGUGUUCCUCGGCAGCUUUGUGACGCCGAUCAACAUCGUAAAGAACAAGAGAGUCUUGCUAAGUCUUUUUCCAAGCAAGAUGAGUUUGCUUGCCAGGAUGUUCAGGCAUCAGCACCGUGGGUCCUCCUCUGAGUAUCAAGGACAGCUACUUCACUUCGGAUUCACUUGA